GUCAGAGACACGUUCACCACGGCGUUUGUCAAGAACUUUGUUGUGGUUCUGGUCUGGCUCAUCCUCAGUUACAUCAACGGCACCUUAGUCACCACCUUCUUCAGACACCAGACGUUUUAUGAAGACCCUCGCUACAUCCUCUUCAUCCACAUGGUGAUCAAUGACGGCAUCCAGCUCACCGUCACCGUCACGCUCUUCGUCCUCAGCUACAUCUUCUACAAGAUCAACGUCUCCUUCUGCUGCUUCUUCAUCCUCGUGGCCGUCUUCACCACCAGAAAUACGCCAGUCAGUUUAGCCAGCAUGGCUAUAGAGCGCUACAUCGCCAUCUGUGAUCCUCUACGCCACCCGCAGAUCUGCACUGUGAAGAGGACGUACAUCGUCAUCGGACUUAUUUGGUUUAUAUCCGUGACUCCAGACAUCACGGAUCUGUUUGUGACCCUGGCUACAGAGUCUCUGAGCUUCUUCCACGGGUCUGUGUUCUGUCUGCGUCGCAACAUCUUCAAAGAUCCAAUCCUGGCCUACAAGAGACAAGUGUUUGAUAUCCUCUACUUCUCCUGUGUGUUCCUCACCCUCGUCUUCACCUAUCUGAGGAUCCUGUUUGCAGCCCGGGCGCUCUCCACAGAGAAGAUGUCUGCCCAGAGAGCCAGGAACACCAUCCUGCUGCACGGCGCCCAGCUGGCCAUGUGCAUGCUCUCCUACAUCUCCCCCAGCGUGGAGAUCGUCCUGCACCUCAUCUUCCCUGGGAGGAUUUCAGAGAUCAGGUACGCUAACUACCUGAUCGUCUAUAUCCUGCCGCGCUUCCUCAGCCCCAUCAUCUACGGCAUUCGAGACAAACAGUUCAGGAAGUACCUGAAGAUGUACCUGCUGAGCAACAAGUGCAGGGUCAGACCAAAGACGGUGGUCCCCAAGGACUGA